GCGCUUGCAACUUGGAAGCAAAUCGCUCGAUCAGGCAGAUAAUUGACUCCCCUGGCAUUGACAUGGCCUUCCCAUCGAAUCGAAUCGAUCGAUCCUACGGAGUAGUAUAUUUAGCUUGGAUUUCUCAAGAACACCUAGUACAGUACUAGCAGUACACUUGGUUAGGCGAACGGAACACAACGCAACGCAGUGGAUCUCAUUUCACUCGCCCGCGCGCAAGCGCAAUAAAUAGGUGAGGCUGGCCGGAGGAGCUUCAGCUAGCUGAGGUCAGUAGCUAAGCUCCUCUGCUCAUGCCCCAUGCUAUUACUAUAGCAGCAGGCUGCCCAUCCCCCACGCAUCCGAUCCCCGCUCGCGGUCGGAGCUAGCAACGAUCGAGCUGACCUUCUCUCUUCUCUAUCUACUGAUAGAUCGAUGGCGAAGCGGCGGCGGCGGUGGCGCCGGCAGCGGUGCUGCUCGUCGGACCCGCCGCUAGCAGUGGCUGCUGCUGCGCUCCUCCUCCUCCUACUCGUCGUCGUCACUGCGGCGCCGGUGGUGGACGCCGCCGCUGCUGGCCGCCACGUGGUCCAGAGGCAUCUGGACAGGAUCAACAAGCCGGGCGUGCGGUCCAUCCACAGCGCGGACGGCGACAUCAUCGACUGCGUGCCUCGCCACAAGCAGCGCGCGCUCGACCAUCCGCUCCUCGCCAACCACACCGUCCAGACGCAGCCGUCCCAGAUGCCGGCGUCGGCGUCUCUCCUUGACCGGCGCCAGCAAUUAAGCCGGCGGGCGUGGCAGACGUGGCACCACUCGGGCCACUGCCCCAGGGGCACGGUGGCCGUCCGCAGGACCGCCGCCGCGGACGUGCAGCGCGCUCGCUCCCUCGCCCUCUUCGGCCGCAAGAAGCAGAUGAGGAGCCCGCUGCCGGCGCCCGACGUCGUCACCGGCAACGGCCAUGAGCACGCGAUCGCGUACACGGCGGCGGAGGUGUACGGGGCGCGGGCAACCAUCAGCGUGUGGGCACCGGAGAUCGACGAGGCCAAUGGCUUCAGCCUCUCCCAGCUCUGGAUCCUCUCCGGCUCCUUCAACGGCUCCGACCUCAACAGCAUCGAGGCCGGAUGGCAGGUCAGCCCUGAGCUGUAUGGGGACAACAGGCCGAGGCUCUUCACCUACUGGACAAGCGACGCUUACGAGGCGACGGGGUGCUACAACGCUCUGUGCCCGGGGUUCGUGCAGACGAGCUCGCGGAUCGCCAUCGGAGCCUCCAUCUCGCCGGUGUCGUCGGUGGGAGGGCCACAGUACGACAUGACGCUCCUGGUGUGGAAGGACCCCAAGCUCGGCAACUGGUGGCUCAGCUACGGCGACGGCGCCGGCGGCCUCGUCGGCUACUGGCCCGCCGAGCUCUUCACCCACCUCUCCGACCACGCCACCAUGGUCGAGUGGGGCGGCGAGGUCGUCAACACCCACCCGCCCGGCUCCGCCCACACCGCCACGCAGAUGGGCUCCGGCCACUUCGCCGCCGAGGGCUUCGGCCGGGCCGCCUACUUCCGCAACCUCGAGACGGUGGACGCCGACAACAGCCUCGCCGCGGUACCCCUCGACGCCAUCCAGACAAUGGCGGAGGACGCCGGCUGCUACGACAUCCGCAAGGCCUACGACGACGACGACGGCCGAGGCGGAUGGGGCGCACACUUCUACUACGGCGGCCCAGGCCACAAUACGGCCUCUUGCCCCUAAGCGCUUAUUAAUUAAUUACCUCAUCCAAUAUUCAUCAUCACGUCUCCAUCUGUAAUGUCGUCAUGCAAUUCGAUCCAUAUCCUCCUCGGCUCCUCCGCUUGGUCUC